AUGUUUGGCUUCCAUCUCAGCUAUCAGUGGCUUCACUAUACCCGACCUUCAGGUCCCCCAUCCCCCGUUCCUGAAGGUCUCGAACGUCACUGGGUAGAGACACCCGAAGGCCGGAUUGAAGUUCUCUCCAAUUCACCAUCCAUCACUAACAGAACAGAUGGGCCGCCCAUAGUAUUCUGUCAUGGUGGUAUGGGCUGUGCUUGGGUAUGGACCGAGUACAUGCAAUACCUAGCUGCCCGCGGAGUCCAAUGCUAUGCUGUUUCGCUACGCGGUCACGGGGAAUCAUGGCAUCCGUCAUACUUCCGCAUGGUCUUUGCGACUCCUCGAAGUGCACUAGCAUCCGAUCUCGUUGCAGUGAUCGAUUGGGUUGAGAUGCGCGACAAGAGCCAGGUGAUGCUUGUCGGACACUCGAGUGGCGGAGGGUUGAGCCAGGGCAUUCUCAGUGAUGGCCUGGCGAAUGUCAAAGCCCUUGCACUGCUGGGUGCUGUUCCAGGAUUUGGAUCAAUGGGCGUAUACAUGAAUUGGUGGAAGAUGGACCCGUGGUUCACCAUUCGAAUGAUCUUCCACCUCUGGCAUUCCAACUCACCUCUCUCACAUCCCAUACUCACACAACGCGCCUUCUUUGGCGAUAAAUAUCCACUCUCGGCCGUCGUUCCAUUCCAGCGCCAUAUGAAUCGCUAUGAGAGCUACCUAUGGCCUUUCAGCAUGAUGUACCAGUUCACAUCUGCAUCGAUCAUUCUCAAACACAUUCGCAACGACGGGGACAGCGGUGAAAAGGUUCUUGUCAUGGCAGGAAGUCAAGAUAAGCUGAUGACAGGACCAGUAUCUCACAAAACAGCAAAGUAUUAUCGUGAAGCUGGGACUAAGAAGCGUGACGAGGUGAGGUUGCGUUUUGUAGAAGGUGCUGGACAUCACCUACAGAAUGAUGUGCAGUGGAAAGAUGGCGCUGAAAAGUUGUUUGACUUUUACAAGGGCAUUGCUUAA